CUCUAUCCCCCACUCAUGCAGAUGCAGACCAUCACCCUCCGCGCCGCCCCCUCCGCCCGCCGCCCUGCGCUGCCGCCGCCGCCGCCGCCGGCCAGCUCCUCGAACCUGUCCGCCGGCCGAUGCUUCCUCCUGCCGUCUCCUAAUUCCCACCGCCGCAGGUCCCGCUCCCUCAAGGUCUCGGCCUCCCUCGAGCAGGAGGUCAAGGAGCGUGCCGACUCCCCGUCUCCCUCCGCGGGAAAGAGUAGUCAAGCAACAAGAAGAGAUGUCAGAAAUAUAGCAAUUGUUGCUCAUGUCGAUCAUGGAAAGACAACGUUGGUUGAUUCAAUGUUAAGGCAGUCCAAGGUUUUUCGAGAAAAUCAAGUUGUGCAGGAAAGGAUAAUGGACUCGAAUGAUCUCGAGAGGGAAAGAGGAAUCACUAUACUGAGCAAAAACACAUCAAUAACUUAUAAGGGCACUAAAAUCAAUAUUAUUGAUACUCCUGGACAUUCAGAUUUUGGUGGGGAGGUGGAACGUGUUCUCAACAUGGUGGAAGGAAUUCUCUUAGUGGUUGAUUCUGUGGAGGGGCCUAUGCCACAAACGAGAUUUGUUCUCAAGAAAGCUUUAGAAUUUGGACAUGCUGUUGUGGUAGUUGUAAACAAGGUUGACAGACCUAUUGCUCGUCCAGAGUUUGUGGUUAAUUCAACAUUUGAGUUGUUUAUCGAACUAAACGCAACGGAUGAACAGUGUGAUUUCCAAACAGUCUAUGCAAUUGGCCUUAAAGGAAAGGCUGGGAUGUCUGCGGAUGAUUUGGCUGAUGAUCUUGGACCCCUUUUCGAGGCUAUUCUUAGGUGCAUACCUGAACCACGCAUUGAGAAAGAUGGCGCCCUCCAAUUGCUCGUAUCUAAUACUGAAUAUGAUGAACAUAAAGGAAGAAUAGCAAUUGGACGACUUCAUGCAGGAGAACUGCAGCGAGGCAUGGAAGUGAAGGUGUGUACACCAGAUGAUGCUUGUAGGAUUGGCAAAAUAGGCGAGCUUUUUGUAUUUCAGAACUUUGGACGCGUUCCAGUUGAAUCUGUCAGUGCUGGUGACAUUUGUGCUAUAUGUGGAAUCAAUGAUAUCAUGAUCGGGGAAACUAUAGCCGACAAAGUUAAUGGAACAGCGCUGCCCACUAUCAAAAUUGAGGAGCCAACAGUUAGAAUGUCUUUCUCCAUCAACACCUCACCUUUUGUUGGACGAGAGGGAAAAUUUGUCACUAGCCGAAAUCUCCGUGAUAGGCUAUAUCGUGAGCUUGAAAGGAACUUGGCUAUGAAAGUAGAAGAUGGGGAAACUGCUGACACAUUUCUUGUUAGUGGCAGAGGCACACUGCACCUCACCAUAUUGAUCGAGAACAUGCGGAGGGAAGGAUAUGAAUUUAUGAUUGGACCUCCAAAGGUCAUAAACAAGACAGUAAACGGAAAGCUACUGGAGCCCUAUGAGAUAGCUGCUGUGGAGGUUCCAGAGGAAUAUAUGGGAUCAGUUGUCGAGCUAUUGGGCAAAAGGCGUGGGCAAAUGCUUGACAUGGAAGCUAGUGGGCCGGAGGGAACUUCACUGCUGAAAUACAAGGUUCCAACCAGAGGCCUCAUUGGGCUCCGGAACGCGGUUCUAACAGCUUCUAGGGGCAGAGCUAUACUUAACACAAUCUUUGACAGCUAUGGCCCAUGGGCUGGAGAUCUUAGUUCACGUGAUCAAGGCUCAUUGGUGGCAUUUGAAGGUGGAAGUACUACUUCUUAUGCGUGUGUUAAUGCACAAGAAAGAGGUGUACUAUUUGUUAAACCAGGGCAGGAUGUUUACAAAGGCCAAAUAGUUGGUAUCCAUCAGCGACCAGGUGAUUUAGCCCUUAAUGUGUGCAAGAAGAAGGCUGCAACAAAUGUUCGCUCCAACAAGGAAACUACAGUGGUUCUUGAUGAACCUUUAAGCUACAGUCUGGAUGACUGCAUAGAGUAUAUUCAAGAAGAUGAGCUAGUUGAAGUUACACCUGCGAGCAUCCGCAUGUGCAAGAACCCAAAAAUUUCUAAGAAGGGCAAGAACUAGUUGAUGUUACUGCUGCAAGGAUCCUACAUUAUGGGAGCAUUUCAUUCUUGAAGCACCAGUUUCAGAUAGAACCUGGCAGUUGCUUUGACUGAGAUUGAUAAUGGCUGCUAUACGUGAGAAAUUCCAUGAGUCAGUCGCCAAGUUAAUUUUGGUGGUCUGCAGUUUUCAGAUAUAGGAUUAUACUCAAUUUUGCAAAGACCAAAUGGCCAAAUUAGUCCUCGCGAGGGAGAAGCUGUGGUGGUCUUUUUUGGCCGCUGAUAAGCUUUUUUUAUUUUUAUUGUACAGCAAUCUCAGCUGUUACAUAUUCUUAAUUCACAUAGUGCAACCUAGCAAUUUUCGGCUUGAAAAAGAUAUUGGACUUUUCGAGCAAAUGGGGUAUACCGUAUACAGCUGUUACUGAUACAUAUACCAUUUUUUGUAGUUUGAGAUGAUGUACUGCCAAAUACCAAGUUACAGUGACACAUUAAAAACUGCUGGUUCUCUGA